AAUUCGACGCAGAAAAGGAAACUGGCCGCUACAAACUCCCGAAGAUGUUCCUCUGUGUCACCGACACCUGGGGUCUUAGAGCGUUCGCCGCACCUUGCAGACAGGUUCUUCAGACAAGUUCUUCAAUCGGUCGGAAUGUUAUUAGGAUACCCCACGAAGGCUUCGAUAUCGUUACAUGGACUACUCACCCUCCAUGACUCCUCAAAAUGCCGAUCAAGCUCAUGGGAGAUGGUGUCAUACACGUAUCGCAAUUUAUGCACGAACGCUCGGGCCCAUGAGCAUCAACUGCAUGGCUUGCUCAGCAACCGCACACACCGAAAGCCAUGUCAGGCCUGACUCUUAUCGAGGCCCUCAAUUGCCUCACAGUGGAGAACCCUACCACUCUCAGUCUCGCUUCACACGCUGCCGUGCCGUCCAGCAUCGACUUCGACACCGAACCUGAAUACGAUGAACUCGACCUUCUAGUCACCGAUUCGGAUGAUUUGAUAUCAAUAGACACCAAGUUCGAAAGAAUCUGCUCCAUCAUCUCGAGUGGCCUAUCGCUUGCAGCGGCACUGGGCGAAGUUAACCCGGAGGAUGAACCAAAAAUGAGAGCGUUCAGACUUGUCCAGAUGGGUCGCGAGGAACGGGCCACUUGGAGGAAAUGGGAGGAGGGAGGGAGAUUACCGGCUUUCAACAGGGAAACGUGUAAAGUGGCCUACUACAAAGGAAGGAAACAGCCACCGCUCAAGGUCCUAGAGAUGGAAGCCGAGGCACUUACAAGACUCUACGGUGCUUCGCCUCCACUCAGCAUUGAGCACGCACUUUUCUUCCGCCACAACAAACCUCACAGACACAAUUUUCCUCUGGUACACUUGAUGGCGAAGAUCAUUACCGCGGAGAAGGAUCUCGGGUUUCCUAUGGUUGAGAGCGAGGAUUGGAGAGUACGCACGGAAAUUAAGAUAACCAGACGUCUGAACAGUAUGAUACUGCAACAACUGGAGUAUAUUGAAUACAGCGUUAGGGGCAUUCGUUCGUCAGAACUGGUUGGGGCACAAAGAGCAAUUGGGCCACGAAGUCGCCGAUUGAAUACCCUACGUUCCUUGACUGGACUUGAUCUCACGGAUCCUAAUCAAGGACUGGAGACGUUAACGGAUCACAUCGUUGGCGAGAUCGAGCACAGGAGGCGGAGUGUCAACCAAUACCUCUCAGAACGUGUCCGAAUCCUAAUGAGCACAGAGAAGUCCCGCACAGCAGACAACGUCCAUCAAGUCACAGAAGCAGCAGCAAUACUGGACGGACUGCCUGCUGCGAAGGUCGCGGAACAUAGGAUGCAUGAGACGGCGGAGAUGCUGGUGAUGAUGAAGGAUAAGGAGGGGAGGGAUAAUGCGGUGGAUGAGGCCACGGCGGUGGGGGUGUUGGAGCAGGUGUUGAAGGUGAAUGUGAGGAAGGAGGUGGAUGAGGAUAUGUUGGGUGAGUUGCUCGCGAAAUGCAAGAUUGAGGCACCUGAAACAAAAGAGGGAGAGUUUUUCACCACGAAGAAGGACGAGAAGUAUGAUCUUGAUUUACUUUUCAAAGCGGCGAGGAGCCGAGAGGACCAUCAUGAGGAUGAAUCUGACGACGAUGACGAUGAUGACAGCGGAGUGGACGAUAGUAAACCGAUCACACCGAAGAGGACCAGACAAACGAUGGAGGAUCAGAACUUGCAGGAGAAGUUCAAGAAGGUCAGGAUCUCGGCGUCGUCGUAGGGGUUCUGGGUAGAUUUCCGGAGCGUGAGGAACGGAACAUCACAACGGAAACGCAGUUCAUAUCUAUGGAGGUAUCUUGCUACUACGUAUGAUACUUUGUCUUUUGUGCCUUGCGAGUUUUGUAGGGAAACAUCAAUCAUAU